AUGGAAACCUCUAGUACGCUGAAAUCUUCUUCCUCUUCUUCUUCUGUAUUAUUUGAUGAACUUCCAAGAGCGAUAUGUUGGAGAAUGUUUGAGCAUUAUCAGUGGGAAGGUUUCUGGUAUUACCCACCUCAUCUUGAAGCUGCCAUGGCUGCAAGGUCACACUUCAAGGCACGUGAUGAUGAUAUUAUUCUUGCUUCUUGUCCAAAGACGGGCACCACUUGGCUCAAGGCUCUUAUACCAUCCAUCAUCAAUCCUACUGGAGGAGGAGAAGAAGAAGAUGACCCUUUAGUCACAAACCACCCCAACGCCUUGAUGCCAUCUUUGGAAAUUAAAAUUUACAGUGGAAACCCAAAUCCUGAUCUUUCAGGUAUGCUCUCUCCAAGGCUAUUCCGAACUCACUUGCCAUACUCAAUACUCCCAGAAACCAUCCAAAAAUCCGGCUGCAAGAUUGUGUAUAUUGCGCGAGACCCAAAGGACGCAUUCGUCUCCUUAUGGCACUUGAUGAACGCAAAUGCAGCAGCAGGGCAAGAGCCACACUCUAUAGGCGACACCUUCGACAGCUUUUGCAAAGGGGUUCAUACUUUCGGGCCUUUCCAUGAUCAUGUUUUAGGGUACUGGAAUGAGAGUCUAAAGAGACCUGAGAAGAUUCUCUUCUUAAAGUAUGAAGAGAUGAAGAAAGACACAAGAGGACAAGUCAAGAAAUUAGCUUCAUACCUUGGAAAGCCUUUUGUUAAUGAAGAAGAGGUAGAUGAGAUAUUAUGGAGGUGCAGCUUGGAAAGGCUGAAGAAUUUGGAAGUCAACAAAUCAGGGAUAGACCCUUGGGAUGGAUUAGCUUACAAGACAUAUUUCAGACUUGGCAAUGUUGGGGACUGGAAGAACUGCUUAACACCUGAAAUGAAAGACCGACUUGAUGACAUUACUCGAGAGAAGUUUCAAGGAUCUGGUCUGGAUUUAUAAAGUUCAUUAUGUGAAAGUAAUCUUCUUGCUCUUGCUCUUUGCCAAAUAAAGC